AUGGUGGGGGUUAAAAACGGUCGCCAAACACUCGCCUUUAUUAGCGCCAUUGACUUUUUGACAGGCGAAGUGCUUAUAAGUCGCUAUGUUAAUCCAGUCGAGGAUGUGGUUGACUGGAGAACUAAGUUCAGUGGCAUGACACAAGUCAUCAUGGCCGGAGCUAUUGCCUCUGGUGCAGCAUUUGAAAGCUGGCGAGAGGCACGCGACAAACUAUGCGAGUUUAUAGACGACUCGACUGUGUUGGUUGGUCAUUCUCUCAACUAUGAUCUCGAAGUACUAGGCAUAUGUCAUGCGAAAGUUGUUGACUCUGCCAUCUUGACCGCUGAGACUGUCUUCCCUUCUAUUGAAUCCACAAAGCCAUUGACCCGUAUGUGGGGGUUGAAAGCACUUGCAAAAGACCUCUUGAGCUUGGAUAUACAGACCAGCGAUUGUGGCCAUAGUGCUUUGGAAGACGCAUAUGCAGCACGAGAUGUCGUCAUCUGGUGCAUUAGGAACCCGGAAGAACUGAAAGUAUGGGCGGAAAAUGCUCGGCGCCAGGAGAAAGAGCGUAAGUCUGCACGGAAUCGACAAAAGUACGGUAAGAGCAGGUCCAAGGGCAAGUUGCCUGCCACCCAGUCUACUCGAAACUGGGAAUAUAAUACUGGGAGUGAAGAUGACUACGCAGAUAUUCGAUGGUCCGAUCUCGCGCGGGAUCUUGGAUGGCCCGAAGGAUAUGAUCCUUGGUCCGAUUGA